AUGUUUAUCGGGGAGGCAGAGGAUGAGACUAGCAAAUUCGAGGCACUUCAUCAACGGCGAACGCAACUGGCUGCAUUCUGCAAGUUGGUAAUUUAUAACCUUGUACCAAUUCGUUCUGCGGCUCCUCUCUAUAAGCACUACAUUCGAUCGUUCAACGACUUUGGUGACAUCAUGAAAUCGACCCUAGCUAAGUCGCGAGAGAUCAGUCGUAUACAUACAGCUCGUAUGAUCGCACACUGCUUGAAUCUGGCUUAUUUGGAUGUCCAGGCCUCUGAUGUGGAUGGCCGCGUAGAACGAGGAUCCGAAGGCUUUCAGACUGUCAAGGAGCUAGCUCGUCGGCUUAAUUUGAGCUUUGGACUCGAUUUCAUCAAGAUUCGCGAGGCCAUGGUUGCUCUUCAUUCGGAAGGCAUCCAGGUUUGUGUUGCCGCAGCUGCCUCUGCAGCUGCUAUCAGCGGCCAGCUUCCUGGACGGCCUAGCAACCUCCUCUUUCUUGAAAUAAUGUCUGAAUUCUCUAACAAACUUCUACGACAGGAUAAGCGCAGCCUACUGGAAUACGUUGGGAGGGUGAGUUGGAUGCAGGAUCACACUUGUGCAUAA